GAUCACAGGAAUACAAUCGACCAGGACGUUUAUGGUUUAUGCCAUCGGAUAUGAAUGGGAAGACUGGAGAAGACCGCGAAGUUCUCCUGGUGCAGAACACUGUGGUGAAGAACUGAAACAAUCGUCUGUAUGGUUUCUGAUCCGUCAUCUCUUCCACUAUGAGGAGUCCAGGACUGAGAAGCUCCAGUCCAUCCAGCGUUUGUUGUUGUUGUCUUGAAGCAGGGUCUGUUAGAACAGUGUAGCACAGCGGAUCGUGUGCUAUCGUAUCCCCACAGCGUGGGCUGUUACUCAUAGUGUCAACCACUAGGAUAUCUGGCCUAUAUGUGGUUAUGGUCAGGGUGCAGUGAUAUUGCUAAGACUUACGUAAAACAGCAUCCACACAAACACUCAACAUUAUCCACUGACUCUCCGUAAGGUCUUUGUGCAACUACAGGGCUUGUGUCAGUUUCGCACAUAGCCUGACUCAUUGGAGCCAUAAGGCUUUUGGAUUCUGUACUCAAGCCAUGCGACCAUACCCUGACACCAUGGAAAUACGAUGAUCAACCAUUGAAAUCUCCACCGUCCUCGUCCCUACAGAGACGACUUCAGAUGCCUGAUAUUGAGUAGAUCGGAUCCUGAGACUCUAGCUGUGCCACCAUGGGACCUAGUGUUAGGACUGUAUUGGUGGUGUUGGCACCUAUGGUAUUAUGUGUGCUACAAGCUGACGGUGCGGGCAACACAAACUACACUCAAGCCAAUGAGUUUCUGCAGCGGUAUGAUAAAGACUACGGCGACGCGAUGAAUGCUGAAGCUCUGGCUGAGUGGAGUUACAACACCGACAUCUCAAAAGCCACCAUGGCACACCUAGUUGACUUGCAAGUGGCGCUGGCGAAUUUUUCGAAGUCUGCCUUUGAGGAGGCCGAUACAUACGCGUGGAGAAACUUUGCACACUCAGAUAUUUACCGCCAGUUCCAGAAGAUUACAAACAUUGGGCCUUCUGCACUGAAAGAUCCUCAGAAAGUCAAGAAGAUGAGUGAAGUGACCUCCCAGUUAGAGAGUAUCUACAGCACCGCCCAGUAUUGUCCCACUUCCGGGAACUGCCUCGAUCUCGAACCAGGUCUGACACGUGUGAUGGCCAGCAGCCGGAACAGCACGGAGCUCCUGAACGCCUGGUGGGGGUGGAGGUACGCCACGGGACCCAAGAUGAGGGAUCUCUAUACCCAACUCGUCACACUCAGCAACGAGGGAGUCCGAGAUAUGGGUGAUAAUGACACAGGCGAGUACUGGCGGUCGUGGUACGAGUCCUCAACAUUCAAGUCCGACCUGGAGGAGCUCCUGGACGAGCUGCAGCCUCUGUACCAGCAGCUGCACGCCUACAUCAGGCGACAACUCAUAGGGGUGUACGGCAAGGACAUCUUUCCGCCCACUGGACACAUCCCAGCUCACCUUCUAGGUAACAUGUGGGCGCAGCAAUGGAACAACAUCUUUGAUAUCGUCGUUCCUUUCAAAAACAAGCCCAUGGUCGACGUCACUGACAAACUGAAACAAGAUUACACUGUGGAGAAGAUGUUCAAGACGGCGGAGGGGUUCUACAAGUCCCUGGGGCUGGAGGCGAUGCCGGACACUUUCUGGAAAAACUCUAUGCUGAAGAAGCCCACUGAUGGUCGCAAGGUCAUCUGUCACGCCUCGGCUUGGGACUUCUAUGACGCAAAGGAUUACAGAAUCAAAAUGUGUACGGACAUCAACAUGGAGGACCUGAUCACCAUCCACCACGAGAUGGGGCACAUAGAGUACUUCCUGCUGUACAGACAUCAGCCAGAGGUGUACAGGGAUGGAGCUAACCCAGGUUUUCACGAGGCUAUCGGUGAUACCAUGGCUCUGUCGGCGACUACCCCUGCCCACCUUCGCAAAAUAGGUCUGCUGGAGGCGGGAGAGGACGAUAAUGAAACCGACAUUAAUUUCCUGAUGAAAAUGGCCUUGGAGAAGAUCGCGUUUCUUCCGUUCGGCUAUCUGAUUGACCAGUGGCGAUGGAAUGUGUUUAGCGGGGACACGCCUCCCAGUAGAUACAACCGUGACUGGUGGGAUCUCAGAUGCAAGUACCAGGGCAUCGCUCCGCCCCUUCCACGUACCGAGUACGACUUUGAUCCGGGGGCAAAGUUCCACGUAUCAAACAAUGUGCCAUAUAUAAGAUACUUCGUGAGUUUCGUCAUCCAGUUCCAGUUCCACCAGGCGCUGUGCCAGGCAGCCAACCACACGGGCCCGCUACACAAGUGCGACAUCUACAAUUCCACGGCCGCUGGUACAAAGCUCAGGAAUGCUUUAAGUCUUGGGUCGUCUACACCAUGGCCGGACGUUAUGACCCAAUUGACAGGCCAAGACAAGAUGAAUGUGAGCGCACUGAAGGAGUAUUUUAAGCCGCUCUCUGAUUGGCUAAAAGUUCAGAAUGGCAAUGAUAACGUUAGUUGGACUGAACACUGCCCUGUGAAUGAAGGCCUGGAUGUGGAGGCGUGGCUGAAGACGUACAACGACCACGUGCAGGUGGUGCAGCACGAGGUCGCCCUGGCUGACUGGACAUACAACACAAACCUCACAGACUACAACCAGGACCGGAGGGUGGAGGCAGGUGAAGGGCUCCCAGUUCACCAAGGAGGCGGCCGGAAUCGCCAACACAUACAACCUCUCCAGCAUACACAACACUACCAUAGCCAGGCAACUCAGCAUGAUCAGAGACAUCGGAACAGACGCACUCAAAGACGAGAAGAAGAUCUGAGUGAAGUCCAGGCUGACAUGGAGGGUAUAUUCAGCAAGGGCAAGGUGUGCCUCAACAAGACUCGACCAGAUGACUGUCUCGAUCUGGAACCCGGAAUCGCCCGGAAGUUUGCAAACUCACGUGACUAUUACGAGUUGCAAGCCAUCUGGAAGCAGUGGCGUGACGUCACAGGCAAGAAGAUGAAAACGCUGUACACCCAGCUGGUGGAUCUCAGCAACGAGGGCGUCCGAGAGCUUGGCUAUAAUGACACAGGGGAGUACUGGCGGUCGUCGUACGAGACCCCCACCUUCCAGCAGGACCUGGAGAAGCUCCUCGACCAGCUCAAACCGCUGUACCAGGGACUACACACAUACGUCAGGAGGGAACUGAAGAAGAUUUACGGCAAAGACAAAUUCCCUGUCACAGGACACAUACCGGCCCAUCUAUUAGGUAACAUCUGGGCCCAGGAGUGGGAGGAUCUGUUCGACCUGCUGCAGCCCUUCAAACACAAGCAGAGUGUAGACAUCACUCCUACCCUCAAGGCCAAGAACUUCAAGACCAUAGACAUGUUCAAAACUGCUGAGGAUUUCUACAAGUCUAUUGGCCUCACCCCGAUGCCGCAGACGUUCUGGGACAAUUCCAUGCUGGAGAAGCCGAAGGAUGGGAGGGACGUGGUGUGCUACGCCUCCGCCUGGGACAUGAGCAACACCAAGGACUUUAGAAUCAAAAUGUGCACUGACAUCACCAUGGAGGACCUGAUCACCAUCCACCACGAGAUGGGGCACAUCGAGUACUAUCUCCAGUAUAGAGGCCAGCCGUGGAUCUUCAGAGGGGGAGCCAAUCAUGGAUUCCACGAGGCUAUCGGGGACACAAUGGCUUUGUCUGCAUCCACACCGAAGCACCUGAGACGAGUUGACCUGUUGGCUCCUGGACCUGAGGACGACGAGAGUGACUUAAACUUCUUGAUGAAGACUGCCCUCGCCUUCCGCCACCUGCCGUGGUCGGACUUGAGAUGCAAGUACCAGGGGAUAGCUCCACCCGUCGCCCGCUCGGAGGAGGACUUUGACCCCGGAGCCAAGUACCAUGUUGCUGCAAAUGUACCAUACAUAAGGUACUUCGUGAGUUUCGUCAUCCAGUUCCAGUUCCACUUUAACAUACGCUGGUGCACGGCCGCCAAACAGUCAGGACCGCUACAUAGAUGUGACAUCUACCAGUCUAAAGACGCCGGGGACAAACUCAGAUCCAUGCUCUCAAUGGGGUCAUCCAAACCCUGGCAAGAAGCGAUGCAGGUGAUGACGGGACAGCGGAAGAUGGACGCUAGUGCCCUCAUGGAGUACUUCCAGCCUCUCACAACCUGGCUGGAAGAGCAGAACGCCCUGUCGGCGACUGAGGACGACCCGGGCUGGACUGAGAUAUGUCCAGAUCCUUCCGGCAAGAUCACAGAUGAGGAGUCUGCGAGACAGUUGAUGCAGGAGUUCGACAAGGAGGCUAUGGAGGUGUAUUAUAGGAGCUCAGAGGCCAGCUGGACUUACGACACAAACAUCACUGACUACAACAGCCAGUUAGUGGUGAACGAGAGCCUGAAGGGGACAGAGUUCUCCAAGAAGAUAACGAGGGGGGUGAAGAUGUACGACUGGGAACACUUCCAGGACGAGGCGCUGAGGAGAGAGUUCAACCUGAGCUCUGUGAGCGGCACCAGCGCGCUGUCCGACCCAGAGAAGAUCAAGAGGCUGAGCGAGGUCGAGGCUCAGAUGGAGGGACUGUACAGCAGGGCCCAGGUGAAGGUCAAGGGCGUGAUGUCACACCUUGAGCCAGAAAUAACCCAGAUAUUUGCCAAGUCGCGAGAUUACAACUUCCUGACCGACGUGUGGAAGGGAUGGAGAGAUGCGACGGGUCCCAAGAUCAAGCCUCUCUACGAAGAGUUCGUCCAACUAAGCAACGAGGGAGUCCGGGCUGACGGUUUCAGCGACACGGGACAGUACUGGCGGUCCGGGUAUGAGACUCCGGGCUUUGAGGACGACAUGGAGGCUCUCCUGGAACAGCUGAAGCCUCUCUACCAGCAGCUCCACGCCUAUGUCAGGACGAAACUCAUCGACACCUACGGCGAGGAGAAGUUCCCGAACAGUGGCCACAUCCCAGCACAUCUCUUUGGCAACAUGUGGGCUCAGCAAUGGAAUAACAUUUACGAUAUCCUCCAGCCCUUCAAGGGAAAGGCUGCUAUAGAUGUCUCACCAGAAAUGAAAGCUCAGAACUUCACCGUGCUGCAGAUGUUCGAAACAGCUGAAAGCUUCUACAAGUCGCUUGGCCUUUUCUCAAUGCCCCAGACAUUUUGGAACAAGUCCAUGAUGAGCAGGCCGCAAGAUGGCCGCAGCGUUGUCUGCCAUGCUUCAGCCUGGGACUUCCUCAACAAGAAAGACUUCAGAAUCAAGAUGUGUACAGAUAUCAACAUGGAAGACCUGAUCACCAUCCACCACGAGAUGGGGCACAUCCAGUACUAUCUCCAGUACAAGAACCAGCCUAUUGCCUUCAAAGGGGGAGCUAACCCAGGUUUCCACGAGGCAAUCGGUGACACCAUGGCUCUGUCUGUGUCCACACCUAAACACCUCCGCAAGAUAGGCUUGCUGAACAAUCUGAAAGACGACAAUGAAACCGACAUUAAUUUCCUGAUGAAAAUGGCCUUAGAGAAGAUCGCUUUUCUACCAUUUGGCUAUCUGAUUGACCAGUGGCGUUGGAGUGUGUUCAGCGGGGACACGCCCCCUGAGGAGUAUAACCGGAAGUGGUGGGAUUUAAGAUGCAAGCAUCAAGGUCUGACGCCACCCAUUCACCGAGGCGAAAGCGACUUUGACCCCGGCGCUAAGUACCACGUGCCGGCCAACACACCGUACAUCAGGUACUUCGUGAGCUUCAUCAUCCAGUUCCAGUUCCACAAGGCUCUGUGCCAGGCAGCCAACCAGACGGGCCCUCUGCACAAGUGCGACAUUUACCAGUCCAAGGCUGCCGGGUCGAGACUUAGCAACAUGUUGAAGAUGGGUCAGUCCAAGCCAUGGCCAGACGCAAUGGAGGCUAUCACUGGGCAGCGGAAGAUGGAUGUGGGUCCCCUGGUGGAGUACUUUAAGCCGCUGCUGGAUUGGCUGGAGGAGCAAAACUCUGGCAAAUCUCUUGGCUGGGACGAAACCUGUCCGCCCGGUAUGGCUGGAAAGAUCAUGGAUGAGGAUGUGGCCAAGGAUUGGCUGAAGGAGUACAACCAGCGGUCAUCAGAGGUGUACUAUGAGGCCACAGAGGCCGAAUACACGUACAACACCAAUAUCACUGAAUACACCAUACAGGCAUCGGUCGACGCCAAUCUGAAACUGGCCCGGUUUGACAAGGAGUCGGCAGCUAAAGCAGCAGAGUUUGAACCCAACGUCUUCCCCGACAAGCUCCUCCAGAGAGAGUUCAAACGUAUCAAAGACAUCGGAACCAGCGCUCUCAAGAAUGAGACAAAACUUGCGAGGAUGGAGAAGUUGCGGUCUGAUAUGCAAGGCAUCUACAGCAAAGGCAGAGUGUGCUUGUCGUCAGGGCGAUGCCUUGAUUUGGAACCAGGUCUGACGAGACUGAUGGCGACGUCGCGGAACUACAGCGAGUUACAGGAGGCGUGGAGGAAGUGGAGGGACGUCACAGGGAAGACCAUGAAGACAAAGUACCAAGAGUUUGCGUCGCUAAGCAACGAGGGAGUCCAAGCAUUGGGUUACGCCGACACCGGGGAGUACUGGAGAUCCUGGUACGAGAGCGACACCUUCCAGGAGCGACUCCAGAAGCUCCUUACCAAACUAAAGCCUUUCUACCAACAACUGCACGGCUAUGUCCGCCGGAAGUUAAAGGCGGUGUAUGGAGCUGAACACUUCCCUUACAGUGGACAUAUCCCUGCUCACCUGUUAGGUAACAUGUGGGCACAGGCGUGGAAGAACAUAUAUGAUAUGGUCAUACCUUUCCGGAACAAGACAAGUGUGGACGUCACACCUCAGAUGAAGGAGCAGGGCUACACGGUGGAGAAAAUGUUCUGGACAGCCGAGGACUUCUUCAAGUCGCUGGGUCUCGAGGCCAUGCCUAUGGAGUUUUGGAGAGACUCGAUGAUCAGACGACCCCCGAACAGAGAUGUCGUCUGCCACGCCUCUGCCUGGGACUUUUACAAAGCAAAAGACUUCAGAAUCAAGAUGUGUACGGAUAUCAACAUGGAAGACCUGAUCACCAUCCACCACGAGAUGGGGCACAUCCAAUACUACCUCCAGUAUAGGCAUCAGCCACAUGCGUUCAGGGACGGUGCCAACCCAGGUUUCCACGAAGCUAUCGGUGACGUCAUGGCGCUGUCUGCAUCUACUCCCAACCAUCUGAAAACAAUCGGCCUGUUGGAGAAGGUAGAGGACGAUCCAGAGAGUGACAUCAACUUUCUCAUGGGCAUGGCUUUGGACAAGAUCGCCUUCCUGCCGUUCGGCUACCUGAUUGACCAAUGGCGAUGGAGUGUGUUCGGUGGGGAGUCGCCCAUCGACAACUACAACACCAAAUGGUGGGAGUUGAGAUGUCAGUACCAGGGCGUGUCAGCCCCCGUGGCCAGAUCAGAGGCAGAUUUUGAUCCCGGUGCCAAGUUCCAUGUUCCUGCCAACAUGCCAUACAUCAGGUACUUCGUGAGUUACGUCAUCCAGUUCCAGUUCCACAAGGCGCUGUGUACGGCCGCCGGACACACUGGGCCGCUACACAAAUGUGACAUCUACAAGUCCAAGGCCGCGGGAACACUCCUGGGCAACAUGCUGAAGCUCGGGGCAUCCAAGCCGUGGCCUGAAGUGAUGGAGAUGAUGACGGGAGGCAGGGACAUGGAUGUCGGGGCGUUGCUGGAGUACUUCCAACCGCUCUUUGAUUGGCUGGAGAAGGAGAAUGAAGGGGAGAAGCUAGGCUGGAGUGAUGGUUGUCCAUCAGAAGAUGAUAAUGAAGCUGCUGAGUUUCUGCAGGAAUACGAUAUAGAAGCUGAGAAGAAUCUGGUCAAAAUGAGCGUGGCGGACUGGGCGUACCAGACUAACCUGACAGAGGAAACCUCAAAGGCAUCGGUUCAAGGUCGCUUGGAUCUGGCUGAUUUCAAGAAGCGAUACGCCGACAAAGCCAACAAGAUAGACUGGGGGAACCUAGAGGAGGAAUCCAUGAAACGCCAGUUCCAGAAGAUCACAGACAUCGGUACCAGUGCAAUGAAGGACAAGAAUAAAUUAAAAAAGAUGGAGGAGCUACAGUCGCAGAUGGAGGACAUCUACGGGGCGGGAAAGGUGUGUCUCAAUAAGACGGACUGCAGGCCACUCACACCAGCCUUAGAACAGGUUAUGGCCUCAUCACGUGACUAUGACCUACUUCUGAAGGUAUGGAAGGGUUGGAGGGACAACACAGGAAAGAAGAUGAAAGACCUGUAUCGCCAGUUUGCUGAUCUGAGCAACGAGGGUGUGCGGGAACUCAACUACAAAGACACGGGCGACUACUGGAGGUCGGCAUACGAGAGCAGCACCUUCCAACAAGACAUCCAGGAACUGCUGACAGAGUUACGCCCCUUGUAUGAACAGCUUCACACCUAUAUAAGGAAGAAACUGGCUGAUUUCUAUGGACCUGACAGGUUUCCAGCCAGCGGACACAUCCCUGCUCACAUAUUAGGUAACAUGUGGGGACAGACUAUGGAGAACAUAUUUGACAUUGUCCAGCCCUACAAGAACAGGACAAGUGUGGACAUCACGCCGCAGAUGAAGACACAGAAUUACACGGUAGAACGAAUGUUCCGAACAGCAGAAGGCUUCUUUGUGUCCCUGGGUCUAAACAAGAUGGUAGACUCGUUCUGGACGGACUCCAUGACUAAGAAGCCUGCAGGGCGCGAAGUUGUCUGCCACCCCUCAGCCUGGGACUUCUACAACGCAAAGGACUUCAGAAUCAAGAUGUGUACAGACAUCAACAUGGUCGACCUGAUCACCAUCCACCACGAGAUGGGGCACAUUGAGUACUUCAUGCAGUACAUGCACCAGCCUCAGCCAUUCAGGGAUGGGGCGAACCCAGGAUUUCACGAGGCCAUAGGUGACACCAUGGCGCUGUCGGCGGCAACACCCGCCCACCUUAAGAAGAUCGGCCUUCUUGACCAAGUGGAAGACAAUGCACUUGAUGACAUUAACUUCUUGAUGAAGACUGCCCUUGAGAAGAUCGCCUUCCUGCCGUUCGGCUACCUGAUUGACCAAUGGCGGUGGAGUGUGUUUAGCGGGGAGACGCCACCUUCAGAAUACAACAAGAAGUGGUGGGACUUAAGGUGUAAAUAUCAGGGGUUCUCCCCAGUUUUGCCAUCGGAUGACGAUUUUGACCCCGGUGCUAAAUACCACAUUCCCGACAACACCCCCUAUAUCAGAUACUUCGUGAGUUUCGUCAUCCAGUUCCAGUUCCACAAGGCGCUGUGCACGGCCGCCGGACACACUGGGCCGCUACAUAGAUGUGACAUCUACCAGUCUAAAGACGCAGGCACCCUGCUUGGAGAUGUGUUGAAGAUGGGUUCGUCCAAGCCGUGGCCGGACGCCAUGGAGGCUAUCACGGGGCAGAGGAAGAUGGAUGCCGGCCCACUUAAAGAGUAUUUCAAACCACUCGCUGAUUGGCUACAGCAGGAGAACGCCAAGGAACGACCCGGAUGGAGUGAAUCGUGUCCUGAACCCGAGGAUUAUAAUAACAACGGACACAGUCCCCAUAACGGUCCAGUUCAGUGUCCUACUGCAGAACCUCCCAACAACCGUGGAACACUACACACGAUUAGUUUUACUUCGGGAAUAAUUACUGUAUUGAGCUUGUUGUUUAAUUCAUUUCAGGUUUUCUACCGUGUGUUCCGUAAUGCCGUACCAGCAUAUCAGGAGUCACCUCUCACCAUGCGGUUGUGGGUGCUUGUUGUGGUCUGUUUCUCCGCCCUGGCGCGGGGGCAGAAUAUCACCGAUGUUAUACAGGCACAAGCUUUUCUGGAUGAUUACAACGUCAAAGUGUCAGUAUCUAUAAAUGCAAGGGUCAAAGCCUCAUGGGCGUACAACACUAACUUGACCGACGAAAACGCGGACAAAAUGAUAGACGAAAACCUCAGACAUGCUGCGUUCGCGAAGGCAGCUGCUGAGAACGCCUCGUUAUAUGCAUGGAGGGACUUCGAAGAUCCGAUGCGAAGAGAAUUCUUCAAGAUCACAGACAUCGGCACAGCAGCAAUGGCGGAUGAGACUAAACUAGAAAGGCUGAACACGGUGUUGUCGGAGCUGCAGAAGCUGUACAGCACGGGGAAGGGGUGUGUCACCCCAGACAGGUGUCUGCCGCUUGACCCAGACCUGACUAACAUCCUCGCCAAUUCCCGAGACAUCAAGGAGCUGGAGGGGGCGUGGAAAGGCUGGAGAGACGGCACUGGCAAGAAGAUGAAGACGCUCUUCACUGAGUAUGUCAACCUUCACAACGAGGCUAUACGGGAAAGUGAUUACAGCGACACGGGCGAGUACUGGCGUUCCUGGUACGAGUCGGAGGACUUCCGGACGGAUGUCGCUGAGCUGUUUACUCAGCUGAAGCCGCUGUACCAGCAGAUGCACGCCUACACACGUACCAAACUCAUCGAGAUGUACGGGAAGGACAACUUCCCCUCCACCGGUCACAUCCCAGCACAUCUUUUAGGAAAUAUGUGGGCCCAGCAGUGGAACAACUUGUACUCUGAUUUGGUGCCAAUAAAAGACAAACCAAGUGUGGACAUCACCGAUGAACUGAAGAGACAGAACUUCACGGCUGUGAAAAUGUUCGAAGUCUCCGAUGCAUUCUUCACCUCAAUGGGCAUGGUGGCGAUGCCGCCGUCGUUCUGGGAAAACUCCAUGUUGGAAAAACCCUCUGACGGACGGGAGGUGGUCUGCCACGCCUCGGCCUGGGACUUCUACGAUGGGGAUGACUUCAGAAUAAAGCAGUGUACGGUUCCCACUCAUAGCCAGAUGGUUACUGUGCAUCAUGAGAUGGGUCACGUGGAGUACUAUCUCCAGUACAAGCACCAGCCUGUCCUCUUCAGAAGGGGAGCUAACCCUGGUUUUCAUGAAGGCAUAGCCGAUGUUGCCUCCCUGUCCUUCCAGACACCUAAACAUCUCCAUGAGAUCGGCCUGCUCCCAGUGCUGGAGGAGGACGACGAGAGUGACAUCAACUUCCUGUUCAACAUGGCGAUGCAGAAGAUCGCCUUCCUGCCGUUUGGAUACCUGAUAGACCAGUGGAGAUGGGACGUCUUCAGUGGAGCAACAAAACCAGAAGAGUAUAACUCAAAAUGGUGGGAUUUAAGAUGCAGUCUACAGGGGGUUUCACCUCCCGUGAAGAGAACUGAAGAAGACUUUGACCCAGGUGCUAAAUAUCACAUACCAGGGAACGUGGCAUAUAUUCGAUAUUUUGUGAGUUUCGUCAUCCAGUUCCAGUUUCACAAGGCGCUGUGUGAUGCUGCCGGUCACACGGGGCCGCUACAUAAGUGUAGUAUCUACAACUCGAGGGAAGCCGGAACUCAAUUCAGUAAUAUGCUGAAGCUGGGAUCCUCUAAACCAUGGCCGGAGGCCAUGCAGAACAUCACAGGACAGGCCAAGAUGGACGCCCAGCCUCUUAUGGACUACUUCGAGCCUCUCCGUCAAUGGCUGACAGAACAGAAUGCUGGGGUCGAUGUGGAGUGGAGUGAAAAAUGUCCAGACUUUACUGAAGCUAAAGCAGCUGCCACUUCAAUUCUUCCCUCUGGAUUAGUGUGCUUGUUCCUUUUGGUUGUAACUGGCUGGUUGUAACUGGCUGGUUGUAAGGGUGGCGAGAAUGGGUUUGAGGAUGAUGUAGUAGGUCGUACCUUUGUUUGUAAAUCUUGAGAGGAAACAGGUACUGUGUCAGUACAGCUGUAUGACGGAUUUACUAAUGAAGAUAAAAACUCGCGAUGUACGUGAUGACUUAAAUAUGCAUGGUAACAUUCAUUUUAUCAAACGGCAGCUGUAAAUCAAUAAAUAAAAUCACUUUGCAAGAA